GUGGUGGAUUGCCGCAAGUCGCCUCGAAACUUGAACUCUGCAUAGUUAUCUUGAAAGUGCCACGAUGCUAUACUGAAUACCUUAGUCACGUUACAACACAGCCUACCCAAACACUUGUCUAAUACCGCUUAUCUUUUGGAACUUCUACCCCAUACUUCACUUCUCACUUUCCUUCUCUCGUACUCUUCUCUCUUGUUUUUACCAUCUUCUUUAAUCUAGUCCCACCCGUUGCGCGACAUUGCCGACUCCGGGAGCGACACGCACACGCCACCGCGAACCCCUCCAUCCCUGACCUGUGACCCAACUCAAUUCAGACCCCGUCGCCGCUCUACCUUGAAAGACAUUUUGGAUUACUAGGACCGGCAUACUAUUCACUAAUCCAGGAUGCGUCUCUUCGGCGGCAAGAACAACAAGAUCAAGGUCGACCCUCCCAAGAUCAGGAUCGAAAAGGUUGUCGUCGACCGACCUGCCCAGAAGCCUAAGCCUAAAUCCACCUCCGCACUCAGCGGCUCAGCAUCGCGCUCCUCUUCUUCCCACCGUCCCUCGCCGAAACCACUGGCACGACAGGCUAGUCACUCGCCGUACCCCUCAUCCUCCGACGAGAAGCGACUCGAGCGUAAGCGCAAGGCACCCUCCGUCACCCGUCGAUCACCAGCAAGCGACCGUAUCGAGUUCGACAAAGACAGCGAUGGCGAAGACGAUGGAUGGAUGACUCUCGAUACCAAGAGACAACGCAAAGGCACGGAAGACGGCAGCUUUGUUGACCCCAACCGCAAACUGAGAAGCGUAAGAGCCUUUGAGGAUCGGAUGGACAGUCGAGGCUUCAUCCAUGCCGUAGACGUGGCCUCGCUUGAGCACAAGUGUGUGCCUGUGAUGGGCGCACAGAAAGAGGAUGUGGCUAUCCGACUACAAUAUCCCAGCUUACAGCCUCGAGAAAAGUAUGAGCUAGUAUGGGGAAAAGACAAGAUCGAUGCCGUGGAAGCCAGCAUCAAGGUGGUUCGCCACGUAGCUGAAACAUACCUCACCGAAGAGGAAGCAGAGCCUUUCACAAAUCCCAAUGGUGGCAUCAUUCGAAGACUGGAAAAGGCCUCCAACCGGAACAUCCAGGAUUUGAUGGGUUUCAAGGCAGCUCUGCGCGAAUACAACGAAAAGCUUCGUGCUCUAGUCGAGGACGGUGUAAUUGCCAAGAAUCUCGAUAAGAUGCAUGAGCUCCCUCAGCACCUUGUGGCUUUCAUUCUCGAUCAAAUUUAUGACCGAACAGUGGCUCUCAAAGUGGAACUUCUUUCAAAGUAUGAGAACGGAACCGACUAUGUCUAUGGCGAACUACUCCACCCCUUCAUUUCUAAAAUCUUGGUAGAGCAGACACGAAUGACCUCUGGUCAGGUCUUCGUUGAUCUUGGCUCGGGUGUUGGUAAUGUGGUUUUGCAAGCGGCCCUCGAGAUCGGUUGUGAGAGUUGGGGUUGCGAGAUGAUGGAGAACGCCUGCAACCUUGCUCAGGAGCAAAAGAAGGAAUUCGAUGCCCGAUGCAUGCUCUGGGGAGUUCGACCUGGCAAGGUUCACCUGGAACGGGGCGAUUUCCGCAAGAAUUUGCCCAUCCAUGAGGCCCUCAAGCGCGCAGAUGUUGUGCUUGUAAACAACAAGGCCUUCACCUCGCAGCUCAACGACGACUUGGUCCGUAUGUUUCUGGAUCUUAAAUCUGGUUGCAAGAUCGUGUCGCUCAAAUCCUUUGUUGCGGAAAAAAGCAACAACCACAAUAUUAACGACGUUGGCAGCACCAUCCUGGAGGUGGAAGAGUGCACAUACCCUGAGGGUUAUGUGAGUUGGACUAAUGCAGGAGGAUCGUACUUCAUUUCGACGCGCAAGUAGACUAUAGAGCUUCAUAAGCACUCAGUGGCAGAGAUUAUGGUGUUGGAGAAAUAGGGAUAGGGCAGACGGUUACAUCAGCGUGGGGUAUAAGGGUAUGUUCGGACUUACAGGAUACUCCAUAUAGUAUUUGUUUUUUUCUCUCGUGACAUCGUGGCUCGUUUCUCCGUUUGACCUGCUUCGUUUGACCACAUGGAUCAUUAACUAUCGUCCCUUUUCGAAGAUGGGUUCGUUGGCGAGGUUCAUAGCAUCUGCUUCUUGUGCCAUCCUCUUCAUCCAUCUGUCCACCAGUUCUUUGUUCUCCUUCUUCACCUUAUCUCUUUCCUUCUCGGCCAUGGACAUUUGUAGAUCCAUCGCAAUCAUCUCAUCUUGUACUUGCUGGUAUUGCUGUGAGCAACAAUGUCGAUGAAAAGCAGCAUUUGAGCCAUACGUACCUCAAGAAGCUUGUGCUUUUCCCUCAACUCGUGUUCUAGAUCCUUUCGUUUGGUAGUAAGACUAUUUCUAUCGGCCGUGAGGUCGCGGAUUGAUUUCGUAUCUG